GUCGCCCCCGGCCCGCGCCCCGGCCCCGGGGCGGGACGCCCCCGCAGGCCGCGCACACUCACCUAGGACCCGGCCGGGAUGCCGAGCUCUGUCGAAGAUGCACUGGACACCGGAACACGCCCAGCCGCUGAGCCAGUGGCCGGAGCAGCACCUGGACGUCUCCUCCACGACCCCGUCGCCGGCCCACAAGUUGGAGCUGCCCGCCGCGGGCCGCCAGCGCUGCCACUACGCCUGGGCGCACGACGACAUCUCCGCCCUGACGGCGUCCAACCUGCUGAAGCGCUACGCCGAGAAGUACUCGGGGGUCCUGGACGCCCCGUACGAGCGCCCGGCGCUGGGCGGCUACGGCGACGCCGCCUUCCUCAACGGCGCCAAGGGGGACCCCGAGGCCUGGCCGGCGCCCGAGCCGCCCUACCCGCUGGCCCCGCUGCACGACGGCCUCGCGGGCGCCAAGCCGGGCGGCGGGGGCGGCUCGGGGGGCCUCGGGGGCGCGCCGGCCUUGGCGGGGGGCCUGCCUGAGCCCCUGUACGCCGGCAACGCGUGCGGAGGCCCCGCGGCGGCGCCCGAGUACGGCCCGGCCUACGGCGCGGGGUACCUGGCGCCCGGCUACUGCGCGCAGCCCCCGCCGCCCCCGGCCGCGCUGCUGCAGCCCCCGCCCGCCGCCGCCGCCGCCCCCCCGCCCCCGCCGGGCUACGCGCCCCCGGGGCCGCUGUACAACUACCCGGCGGGGGGCUACGCGGCGCAGCCGGGCUACGGGGCCCUCCCGCCGCCCCCGGGCCCGCCCCCGCCGCCGCCCCCGGGCCCCUACCUGGCCUCGGGCCUGGCGGCGCCCACGCCCCUGCCCGCGCCCCCGCCCGCCUCCUACGGCUUCCCCGGGGCCGGGGCCGAGGCCGGGGCGCUGAAGCGCAAGGCCGCCGCCGAGGGCGCCGAGGGCCGCUACCGCAAGUGCGCCUACGAGCCCGCCAAGGCCCCCGCGGCCGACGGCGCCCCCUACCCCGCCGCGGACGCCGGCGACUGUCGGGGCAACGGGUUCCGGCCCAAGCCGCCGGGCGCGGCGGAGGAGGCGGCGGCCAAGUACGGCGGCGGCGGCGGCGGCGGCGGCGGCGGCGGGGGCGCGCUCAAGGGCCUGGGCUCCCCCGCCUACGGCCCGCAGCUCGAGCCCUUCGAGAAGUUCCCGGAGCGCGCGCCGGCGCCGGGCCCCCGCGGGGGCUUCGCGGGGCCGCCGGGGGAGCCCCCCAAGGGCGCGGCCCCCGGGCCCGCGGAGCUGGCGGCGAGCGAGAUGCUGGACUGCGGGCCGCCCGUGCAGUGGGCCGACGUGGCGGGCCAGGCCGCGCUCAAGGCGGCGCUGGAGGAGGAGCUGGUGUGGCCGCGGCUCCGGCCGCCCGCCUACCCCGGCGGCCCGCGCCCCCCGCGCACCCUGCUGCUCUUCGGGCCGCGCGGCGCGGGCAAGGCGCUGCUGGGCCGCUGCCUGGCCACGCAGCUGGGCGCCACGCUGCUGCGCCUGCGCGGGGGCUCGCUGGCCGGCCCGGGCGCCGCCGAGGGCGCGCACCUGCUGCGGGCCGCCUUCGCCGCCGCGCGCCGCCGCCCGCCCUCCGUGCUCCUCAUCAGCGAGCUGGACGCGCUGCUCCCGGGCCGCGACGACGGCGUGGCGGCGGCGGCGGCGGCGGCGGGCGCGCUGCAGGCGCCGCUCCUGGCGUGCCUGGACGGCGGCGGCGGCGCGGGGGCGGGGGCGGGGGCGGGGGCGGACGGCGUGCUGGUGGUGGGCACCACGGCGCGGCCCGCGGCCCUGGACGAGGCCACCCGGCGGCGCUUCGCCCUGCGCUUCUACGUGGCGCUGCCCGACGCCCCGGCGCGCGGCCAGAUCCUGCAGCGGGCGCUGGCCCAGCAGGGCUGCGCGCUGAGCGAGCGGGAGCUCGCGGCCCUGGCGCAGGGCACCCAGGGCUUCUCCGCGGCCGAGCUGGCGCAGCUGUGCCGGCAGGCGGCGGCCGGGGCGGGCCUCCCGGGGCUGCAGCGGCCCCUCGCCUACAAGGACCUGGAGGCGGCGCUCGCCAAGGUGGGCCCCAGGGCCUCCCCCAAGGACCUGGACUCGUACGUGGAGUGGGACAAAAUGUACGGCUCGGGACACUGACGGCGCGCCCGGGGGCCGCGGGGGCAGCCGCCCGUCGGCGCGGGACC